GUGAAGAGUAGUAUCAUUAUCAUGAACACCCACAGCGAUGUGAAGGUGGUGGAGCAGGGGCCAACCCGAGAAAGGCCUUACGAUGUUUUGCUGCGUUUUCUUGCCCUCUCACUCACUCUUGUCGCCACCAUCAUCGUUGGCGUUGACAAAGAGACUAAGAUCAUUUCCUACGCUGGAAUGCAAUUCACAGCCACUGCUAAGUGGCAAUACAUGUCUGCUAUUGUGUUUUUCUUGGUGUCAAAUGGAAUAGCAUGCUCCUAUGCGGGUGUUUCAUUGGUGAUGAGGGUGAUUGGAGGAAAGAGUGGAAAAAGUAACGUAGCUGUGUUGGUGCAAAGCUUUCUAGACCUUGUGAUCAUGGCACUUUUGUUUUCGGCCAAUGGAGCAGCCAUUGCAGUGGGAGUGAUAGGACAGAAGGGUAACUCGCACGUGCAAUGGAUGAAAGUGUGCAACGUGUUUGAUGCCUAUUGUCGCCAUGUUACUGCCGCUUUGGUCCUCUCUCUUAUUGGUUCCACUGUCUUUCUUUUGCUUAUCCUUCACUCUCUCUUCAAACUCCAUUACAGGUCAGCCUAAGUGUUGUUGUUUUGACUUGGACCUUGUGCUUGAUGGUUGAUGGUUGAUGGUUGAUGGUUGAUGCAUGAAAGAACUUUUAAAUAUUUAAUUUGUUAUGCCCUUAGCAGGUAGCGAUUAAAUUAAAGUGUAUUAUUUGCUUUGUACUAGUAAAUAUCCUUUAAUUACCAGAUGGUAGUGGUAGGUCUAUUUAUUUAAGAGCAGUAACACUAAAUACAGCUACUUGCUUCUGAACCCAUGAUGAAGUCCGUUUUACUUUCCAGA